AAAUUGAAUGUGUUCAUAUACUAUAAAAUGUAAUAACCUUAUGUUUUUGAUUCACAUUUGAGAAAAGUAUUUGCAACCGUUAACUAGAGUUUGAAAAUAUCUCUAAAAAUAUUUUUAAUUUACAAUUAAAAUAAUUGUUCCAGUAUAACUAAAAUGCCGAUCGAUAUAUACUCGUUCAAUUUAAGCCAGUUUUGUCGGUCUGUACUCAUGACUGCUAAACACCUCAACAUUGAUUUGAAUGUAAUCGAGGUUAACCCUGGUCCUGAACAAUGGUCGCCCGAGUUUCUUAAGGUGAACCCUAACCACAACCUCCCGACAAUCAAUGAUAACGGCUUUGUAUUAGUGGAAAGCCGUGCUAUAAUGCAAUACCUGUGCAAUCAAUACGCUCCCAACAGCUCCCUAUAUCCUAAGGAGCCUAAAGCCAGGGCACAGGUAGAUCGUUGGCUGUCCUUUGACGUGACAUUGAAUGGAUCAAUAGCUAAUGCAGUGAUGCGGAAACCGUUCACUGGUGUCGACCCACUGCCUGAGCGAGUGAUUGCAUUCAAAAACAAUAUGAAACUAUUGGAUGAGUCCAUUGGUGACAACCACUACCUGACCGGCAACGAGCACCUGACCAUCGCUGACCUGGCGGUGCUCUCAACGACUGCCAUAUUUCUGAAUUUGGGCACAGAUUUGAGUGAAUACCCCAACUUCAAGAGAUGGCUGACCACCCUUUCCCAGGAGUUACCCUAUUUUGCGGACAUAAAUCUGAAAAAUUUCUCGCCCGAGAAACUGCAGGAAUGGGCUAAAAGUAGUCAGAAGUAUAUCAAUAGAAAGUUAAAUAGUUGGUAAAUAAC